ACCGCGUGUGCUGAAGAAAAGAAUAAAAAUCCAUCCGAAAAAAUAAUCUGGUUGUUUAAUUCGCUUAUUACAACUCAGAAGUGGGAUUUUUCAUCACGCGAAAGUCGAAAUGAGUCGUUUGAACCGCGAAGAUUUAAUCGAGUGGCUGCAGCAACAUGAAGUGGAGUUUCCGCCGUCGGCCACCGUGCGCCAUUUGCGAGCUCUUUACGAAAGUACGAGUGGGGCCCGGGGCGGAGUACCCGAAGAAAAUGAUUCGCAGAGUGAGCAAGAUUUGGACCUGGAAUUGCGCACCUUGGAAAAACGGAGAAAGAUUCUGGAUUUACGCCGACAGCUAGAAGAGGAGGAGGCGCGCAUACAAGUAAGGCAGCCGGAAGUAAAGGACGUCACGGGUUCCAUUAUACGGUUUUCCGGAGGAGACACUUGUGACGCAAACCGAUGGAUUGCCGAGUUUGAGGCUACUUGCAACACAUUUGGAGGGAAUGAUGCAUUCAAGCUCCGAUGUAUACGUCAGCUGAUGGAACCGGGAACUGAGGCCGAGUGGUUCCUCAGAGUGGACAAUUCUUUGAACUAUGGUGACUUUCGUGCAAGUUUUUUGGAGAAUUUCGGCUAUCGUUUUUCGGUCGCAGAGAUCGUCGAUAAACUGCGGAAGACUACAUUCGAAAAAUCGAAGAUGACUGUGACGGGUUACAUUCUUCGAAUGCAGGAGAUAGCAUCAAGAGCUAACAUCGACGAAACUCAAGUCGUUCAGUUAAUCAUCGAUGGAUUCCAAGACCGUUCGGCAAAUAUUGCCGUCCUCUACCCAGCACGGAAUCUGGCACAAUUGAAGCAACUCUCUCGUCGGUACGUUCAACUACGAGAACUGUACGCCAACCCUACAACGCAACGGUCAACAACUUCGAAAUCAAGAUCCGAAGGAAGAGUGGACAUUGUGAGAUGCUACAAUUGCUCGGGUGUUGGACAUUUGUCGGCGGAUUGCAAGGAGCCACGACGUGUUGAAGGGUCAUGUUUCCGUUGCGGAUCUACCCAACAUCGAUUGAAGGAGUGUUCAAAGCCACCGCCACGAAAUGGAAAUCAGGUGGCUCUGAUUGAUGACUUCCGGCGAGAUGCCGGUGGUAAUUCACCUGCCGAUGAAGCAGCAGCAACACUAUCUGAACUCAAUAUCUCCAAUUAAUUUCGUCCGUAAAUCGAUGAUUCCCCUUGUAUGCGAUCCAAGAGACCGCAUAGAUUCUGGAUACAAGAGUAUUGGUAACCAACCUCUGUGCACCUACGGAAUAGUUAGUGCAGUUGUAACAUUCCGCGAUCGGAAAGCAUCGAUUAAGGUACACGUCGUACCAGAUAAUUUCAUUUGCGUUCCUCUACUACUGGGACGAAGUUUUCUAGAGAAAGUUGGUGUAACUUUGUAU